AUUCGUGUUGGGUUGAUCCGUGUCUUUAAUCGAGAUACAACCUUAAAAUAUAAUACACCGGAAAUGUUGUUUUGGCGGGCAACAGUGACCUAGAUUCACAGAAGUAAAUAAUGAACACGUGCCGCACCCAGUGACUCAUCUACAGGUAGCCAAAGUUUGGGAUGUAAUCAACAUGGUAAAAUAAGAUUUUAUUGUAUUAAAUCGCCCCUUAAAAGUGUAAUCUACUCCACGGUACCUAUAACUAGUAUAAGUAACGUUCGGAAGUGAUUUUACGUUAACCGUAGUUUUAAAUAAUCGAUAUGGCAACUAAUGAUGUUAUAACUGGAGAAAAACCUUAUAAAUGUGGUUUAUGUAAUAAGUCAUACCCACAUCAUGGAACUUUGCAGAGACACAUGAAAAUUCAUACAGGAGAGAAGCCAUAUAAAUGUGAUGUUUGUGAUAAAUCAUUUAUAGAGCGUGCAGAACUACACUCACACAUGAAAUUUCAUACUAGGGAAAAACCUUAUAAAUGUGAUGUUUGUAGUAAAUCAUUUGCUCAUAGUAGUACCCUGAAGUCACACAUCAGAACACAUACUAGAGUAAAACCUUAUAAAUGUGAUGUUUGUAGUAAAUCAUUUGGUCAUAGUAGUAGCCUGAAGUCACACAGAAGAACACAUACUAGUGAAAAACCUUAUAAGUGUGAUGUUUGUAGUAAAUCAUUUUCUGGAAGUGGAACUCUACAGAAACACAUGAGAAUUCAUACUGGUGAGAAGCCUUAUAAAUGUGAUGUUUGUGAUAAAUCAUUCGCUGAACGUAGUUCUCUACAAAGACACAUGAUAACUCAUACUGGCGAGAAGCCAUAUAAAUGUGAUGUUUGUAGUAAAGCAUUUGCACAUUAUAGUAGUCUACAGAACCACGUGAGAAUUCAUACUGGUGAAAAACCUUUUGAAUGUGAUGUCUGUAGGAAAUCGUUCACACGGGUUGGAUACCUACGUUCACACAUUAAAAUUCAUUCUGGAGAUGCAUAUACAUGUGAUGUUUGUAGUAAAUCAUUCCCUCGGGUUGGAGACCUACAGAAACACAUGAGAAUUCAUACUGGUGAAAAACCUUAUAAAUGCGAUGUUUGUAGUAAAUCAUUUGCUCAUUGUGGUGGUCUACAGUCACACAUGAGAAUUCAUACUGGCGACAAGCCAUAUAAAUGUGAUGUUUGUAAUAAAUCAUUUGCACAUUAUAGUAGUAUACAGGCACACAUCAGAACUCACACAGGUGAAAAACCUUAUAAAUGUGAUGUUUGUAGUAAAUCAUUCACUGAAAGUUAUACUCUACAGAAACACAUUAAAAUUCACACUGGCGAGAGACAUUAUAAAUGUGAUGUUUGUAGUAAAUCAUUUAUGACUAAAAGCGCUCUACAGAUUCAUACAAGAAUUCAUACAGGCGAUAAACCUUAUAAAUGUGAUGUUUGUGGUAAAUCAUUCACCCAGGGUGGAGACCUACAGUCACAUAUGAGAAUUCAUACUGGUGAAAAACCUUAUAAAUGCGAUGUUUGUAGUAAAACGUUUGCUCAAAGUAGUUGUCUACAGUCUCACGUGAGAAUUCAUUCUGGCGAGAAACCAUAUAGAUGCAAUGUUUGUAGUAAAUCAUUUAGGACUAAAAGCCGUCUACAGAUUCAUACAAGAGUUCAUACCGGUGAGAAACCUUAUAAAUGUGAUGUUUGUAGUAAAUCAUUUGCUCAGCAUGGAAACCUACAUAAUCACAGGGGAACUCAUACUGGAGCGACACCUUAUCAAUUGAAGAGAAAGAGAGAGAGAGAGGAGGGAGAGAUGAUGCUUAACAAUGAAUAGUCCAUAGUUCAAGCCUGGAAAUAAGGCACCUGUCACUGACAAUGUCAGGCACAGAUUCAGGCUUUGUCAGGUACAAAACCUCUAGUGCCUGCCAUAGUACUUGAUAUAUUCCUUGUCUAGCCUACAGGCUGUGAUGCAUGAAUCAAUAAUCUGUUUCGCUGCAGGCUGGAUACAUGACAGCAAUCCGUUGACCACAGGAUAUGAUGCAUGAGAAAUUAGUCUUGUAACCACAUGAAAUAUAGAUAUAUAUGAACCUGUAAUCACAUGAAAUGAAGAUAUAUAUAUACCUGUAAUCACAUGAAAUAUAGAUAUACAUGAACCUGUAAUCACAUGAAAUAUAGAUAUAUAUUAAUCUGUAAUCACAUGAAAUAUAGAUAUAUAUAUUAACCAUUAGUCAUUGAUUUUUUUAUAAUGAUGGGAGAAGGUGAACCUUUUUUUAAAAAAAAUUAUUCAUUCAGAAAUAAUCAUAAUUAAAUCAACUAGUUCAUGAUAUCAUGUUUUAUGUAUUAGGCCUUAAAGGACAAUAUUGGUGCCAGUCAUUAUCACAUAUGUGUUAGAGCUGGUUAAACACAUUCCAAAUAUACUUUUAACACAGAGAUCAUUGCUACAGUAGCUGAGUAAUACAGGUUUCCCGUAUCAGAA